CGCACGUGGUGAAUACGCAUGCUCAGGUAUGAUGGUGGAAAAACAUGGCCGAUGAUGAAGAUGACGAUCCGGUCGUGGCAGAGGUGGACGUUUAUCUGGCCCAGACUUUGGCCAACAACCUCUACUUGUUUCAGUAUCCAGUCCGUCCAGCUGAUAUUACUUAUGAUAAUAUCCCUCAUAUUGGAGCAAGAAUCAAACCAGACCAGCAAAAGGUUGAACUCGAGCUGUCAAUAAACACAAGUAGUGAUAACUAUUAUGCACCCAGAGGAGAACAAAUCGCACAUGAUGUGGAUGGCUCUGCUUUGUCAUCUGCCUCUGAAGGAAAAGAAUCAUUUUUUUCCAGUGAUAAGAUGGAUAAGCAAGUGCUUUCUUCAUCAAGAGCUGCAGAGGAUGUGAGUCGAUAUUCUGUGGGCAUUCUCAAAGGAGGUACCUAAGUAGAAAGUAUUUCCUUGCUUAGUUAUGAGGAAAUAGUUAUUGCCGUAGUUGGCAGAUGUAAGAUAUAAUAGAGCUUGAAAAUCAAAAGACUUACUGCAAACACUGGCAUUUAAACUUUGCCUUUUUCCCAAAAUUUUUUUAACAAAUCAGGGUUGCAGGUUCUUUAUGACUGUCUGGAAAAACAUGUUGCAAAUUUGCAUAGAUAUGAACUGCUGGUACUCAUCAGAAAUGUACAAAUCUGUUGUAAACCAACAAGAACUUUAUAAAAAUAUACUAGGAUAGAAAUAUUGUUUUGUCAGUUUGGUAGCUUCUUUAAGAGCCAUAUCUGUUCUUAAGUGCAAGCUUAUGUUCCAAAUCUUCUUCAUUAAGAGACUGUUUUAUUGGUUUAAGGUCACCUAAACUUCUUUGAGCAGCUUUAAACUUUACUAGACAAAGAACCCUGCUGUAUAUUACUCUGAUGAAAUUUAUUGUUCUAAAAGCUACUUGUGUCCCCUUUCUUCUGAACAAAUGCCUGGCUGCUAAGCUACAAGCAACCCAACCAACAAACUUAAGAUUUCCUGUUGUUUUAUGUGAAUUCUGUUGAAAACGGAAUGAGAAAAACGAAAUACUGGUUGAAGAAUACCAGUGUAAGUUCAAAGAUAAGUCUUUGAUGUCUGUUCUAUUACUAACAGCUGAAACUAUGGGUAAGGAUUCAAAGUAUUGAAGUAUUCAUAUGUCCAACAAAGCAACCAAAAUAAAGCAACUUUCUUUAAGACUCCACUUGUGAUAUCUUUUGGUUUGCUUUCAAAAAACUUUUUUUUCCAAAAUUUGAGUUAAAAAAACUCAAGGUGUGGCUUA